UUUCCCAUUAUAAGGGCAAUGAUCACAAAAAACAUAUAUAGCUGUUCCACUCAUAGUCUUAUAUUCUACACCAAAAACAAAUCAACAGUACAUAUCAAAUAAGGAUCUCCCACUUAUAGAUGGAUUUGAAGAUUCAAGAUCAUGAGAAACUACUCCCUAUCAAAGUUGAAGUUGAAUCACUAGAAAAUGAUCAAGAUUCCAUCUCCAAGGAAGAAAAACACUAUAUAGGUGUCCGAAAAAGGCCAUGGGGAAAAUAUGCAGCUGAAAUUAGGGAUUCAACAAGGAAUGGAAGAAGGGUUUGGCUUGGAACUUUCGACACUGCUGAAGAAGCUGCUUUGACCUAUGACCAAGCCGCGUUUUGCACAAGAGGUCCUUCAACUUGCCUGAACUUCUCUGUGGAAAAAGUGCGUGAAUCACUAACAAAAAUGGAAUGUAACAACCUUAAAGAUGGGUUGUUGCUAGCCCUAAAAGAGAAACACAAGAAGAGAAGUAGUACUUCAAGAAAAAAGAAACAAGUGAAUAGUAUUAAAGAAGAAGAGAAUGUGUUAAUAUUUGAAGAUUUAGGUCCUGAUUUAUUAGAUGAACUCUUAUCUGAGUACACCUCUUGUUCAAAUUAGUCUACAGUUUUCCACAUCUCUAGUGAUGAUGAAAAUGAAGGGGAGUUUAGUUCAUGUGGUUAUGCUAUGGAGAGAUUGGAUAGGCUAGCAAUUGCAUUAGGGGGAAAUGUAAUUGUGCCUAAUUGCCCUUCGAGCUUGUUCAACUUGUUGCAUAA